AUGGGGGCAGGAAGCAAAGUGGUCAUCGUAAGCUGGUUCCAAGAGAUAGCGAGGUUUGGAACUGUAAAGCCAAACAUCCUCAGAAGCUUGUCAGAUGCAGAGUUUUGUUACCUCUUCAAGGUACUCGCAUUUGGAGGGACAGACCCGGAGAAUCACCCACAACUAGCAUCAAUAGCUACGGAGCUAGCCACGAACGUGAAUGGGUUGCUCCGUGUAGCGAAUAUGCUCGCUGACUUGUUAAGGAAGAAUCAGAAUGUCCAGUUCUGGUUCCAUAUAUUGAAGAGGUUCAGGAAGUCAUUAGAGCGUAAUUUUUCCAGGUUUGGUGAGCAUCCGAAGCAAUUUCUUGAGAAGGACCGUCCGACUGACAUAACAAUGCUGGUUCCGCCUUCUUCUGCUACACUUCAUCUCAUGCCAUCCCAUGACGAAACUAGUUUACUGCUCAAGGUGAAGCUUGCAGACCUGGUGAAAGGUUCAACUACUAUUCUACCCAAUGAGGAGUUUCAGAUAACUAUAUGGGAAUCAAGAUUACCCCCUUUUACUAAGUUUAUCGAAAACUGUAUCGCUGACGAGCACCCUUGUACUUCCUCAGACAACAAGAGGCAUAAGUCAGCAUGCAAACAGUAA